AUGCACCAUAUCUACGUCCUCCUCGGCGGCGUCUUCGCUGCGUACUUUCUCAAAUGGCUCGCGCGGUACAUCAGCGUCCGGCUCCAAGUGCGCGGUCUACCCGUAAUUCACAGCGCUAUCGAAGUGAUGGAGGCCGGGCACCGCUCUGCUCUUCCUCACAUCCCCGGUAUCGUCCCCGCUCGCAAGUACACCCUCGAUGAUCCCUGGAAAAAGUACGCCGAUGCCCAGUCCGACCUUAUCGCCUGUACCCAAGCCACCACUCCCUACGCCGUCUACCUCACAUCCAACCCACACGUCGCGCUCUCCGUUUCGGCCAAGCCGGCGCAGUACCUCAAGCCGACCAGCAUGUUCCGGUACGUCGCCAUCGACAUCUUUGGGCGACAGAUUGUCAGCUGUCAGACUGGGGCGGAGCACAAGCGGCACAAGUCGGUCGUCAAGGGGUGCUUCAAUGAGACCAUUAUGCGAGGGGUGUGGGACGCGAUGGUGCAGACGCAGGCGAUGAUGUGGGGUGAGGUAGGUGUACGGGAGGGAGGGGUGUGGAAGGAUAUUGAGGGGAGUACGACCCAGCUGACGUUGCUGGUAAUUGGCAAGAUUGGCUUCGGGCAGGAGUGGCCGUGGAGGAUCGCCGAGACGGGCGGCAAGAUCUUGCCCCUCGACGAGUCUCUCUACGUGGUCACGCACAGCAUGUUUGCUCAGCUGGUCGCUCCCCUCUGGCUACUCAAGUACAACCCCUUCGCCAGUGUCCGCCGUCUCGCCAAAGCCCAGACCUCCCUCAUCCACCACAUCAUGUCCAUGAUCGCCAGCCGAGGCGCCACACUUCAGGCCGAGACCAACAUCCUGACCAAGGGGGACAAGAUCAAGCCGCCCUCGGAUGUCCUCGGCGCGAUCGUCGCUAGCCAGAUGGACGUGGUGGCCGAGUCCAAAUUGAAGGCGGGGGAGAAGGUGCAGGCUGGUCUGACGCCGGAGGAGAUUGUGGGGAAUGUCUGUAUGGCUGGCCACGAGACAUCUGCGCACGUCAUCGGCUUCACACUCGCCUAUCUCGCUCUCUACCCGGAGCACCAGGAGAAGAUCCUCCAGGAAGUCGACGGUAUCACCGGUGGUUCCCUCCCCACCUACCGCGAUAUGCCAGCACUCAAGUACGCCCUCGCUUGCAUCCACGAGUCUAUUCGACUCCGGGAUAUCGUCAUGACCCUCCCCAAGCUCCUCGCUGAAGACUGCCACCUCCCUUAUACCACCUGGGACGCUUCUGGCCAAGCCACGACCCACACCCGCCUCCUCAAGGCCGGCUCUCACCUCAUCAUCGACUCUCCCGCUUGCCAGCGCAACCCCUUCACUUGGUCCGACCCAACCGCUUUCCGGCCCGAACGGAUGCUGGACGACAGCCAAAAGGGGCUCAGCACGGGCUUCUCUUCAGGCCAGCGAGCGUGCAUCGGGAAGCGCUUCGCCGAGGUCGAGAUGGUCGCUUUCAUCACUCAUAUGGUGAAGGAGUACAAGUUUGAGCCGGUCCCACUGGAAGGGGAAGGCAGGAUGGAGAUGGAGAAGAGGUAUUUGGAGGGCAAGGAGGUUUUGAACUUGACUCCGGGGAAGUGGGAUCUGAAGAUGACCAAGAGGGCUUAG